AUGCAUCCUACUGCUACUGCGCAGAAUCACACAAAUCACACUCGCACGCCUAUUACUGCUAAUCACCUCGCCAGCCAGGUCCAAGCGCACUCUCUCAUUAACACCCACACCACCCACACCAUCCACGCUAGUAACAACGUUAACAACAUCAGUACUAGGCGCGAUAUGCCACCACUUCCUCCUACACCUCCUGCUGAUAUCGCCCCACGCGCCGACGUCGGCGAGGACACUAAGAGCGGUGUCGGCGGGGAAGAGUCGCCCCGCUCUGGCCCAUCCGCGGCGAGACUCGGUGCCCAGUCUUUCGCGUCCGUCGUCUCUUCACCGCCUGGGGCGCUUAGCCCGAAAUCGCCUUCGGCGGGCAAGUAUCAGCAACCGGAGCGCGCUUCUCGUCCUACGGGAUCGCCUAACGCCACUACUACUCUCCCUCUCUCGCCGCCUGCUUCGGGGAAAGCUGGGCCGACGGCGGGCUCUCCCACCAGCGGCGAGCUGGACAACAACAAUUCUAUCAUUUCUUCUAGCACUUCAAGCGAUACCGACGACGCGCUCAUAGAGCAAGAUGGCGACCACGACCACGACCAGGAGUACGCGAGCAACUCCUCGUCGGACGUCGAGAUCUACUUGAACGCGCACACCCUCGGGUUGCACGAUUCCGCUGCCCGCAUGCAUAUGCACGUGCCCAUCAACACAGGCGCCACAGCCCCGCCUACUAGCGCCGGAUCCGCAUCUGCGUCGGGAUCCGCUUCCAAUUCGACAAGUUCCAAUACCUCGAAUUCUGGAGGUAAUCCGGCGGCUUCGAUGACACUCCGCCCCUCGUCGAAUUCACCACCAUUGAAUCCGCCGUCGACUCGAUCUCAGGGGGUAGCCCAGGGCGCGGCAAGGUCCACUAUCAUUUCUGGUCUUGCCGCGUCACAGCACGCACCGUCCAACACCAAUUCCAAUUCGUUCGGUCUCGGAGUCACUACUCACAACAAUAACGCCAGCAGUGCAGAGUCAAACGCACCCAAGGCGCUCUCUCCUCUUCCCUUCCCACCACCACAGUCCACAUCGCCUUCUUCUCAGUACCAGCAGCAAUCCAAUGCGUCCACGAACAUGCAAGCCCCAUCGACGCACCGCCAGAAACCCGCCCCCGGCGCGCCAAUGCACGGCACGAUCCCGCUCCCGGACGUCGAUGAGUGCGAGCACCACCUCCAACAGCUCCAGCUUCACCAACACCAACAGAAUCAGCACCAGCAGCAGAUGCACGUACUCAGCACCAUCUCCACCAACGCCACCAACAGCGGGCACGCACAGGGGCCUGUCUCCAGCGUUCAUGCCGCACCGACGAUCGACCUGGCUGGGCUGGCGAUCACUAGCGGAGGCGUGGGAAGCGGAGGUUUCGGAUUGGCAAAUUCCGGCUUGUAUGCUCCUGGCGGUCUGCCUGCGUCACAAUCCCAGCCUCUGCCGUCGCUGAGGUCGCCGUACGAUAACUCGGGCGCAGGAGCUGGGUUCCCUACGUCGGUAUCUGAGAGCGCGUUAUGCUCUGGAGGACAGGGACAGCAGAAGACGCCGAAUGUGUACAUCAAUGGCUUGCCGCCGCACUUCCCAGAGGAUGAGCUGUUUGAGCUCGCGAGCAAGUUUGGGAUGGUCAGGAGUGUGAGGACGUUCACGAGGCAUGUGAGGGACAGUGAAAGUGGUUACGGGUUCGUUUUGUUUGACCGAAUCGAAGACGCCGAGAGGUGCAUCAACGAGCUCAGGAAAGAUCGUGAUUUGCAUCCUACGUUCUCGAAGCAGGUCCACAAGAUCCCUGGCACGAUCUAUGGGCAAGCUCAUGCCUCUACCACUGGGUCAUGGGAGAGCGGCCAUGCUUCCAGCAGGAGCUCGUCGGUUGGGGACGUUCUCGACUCGAAUGGCUCGUUCAAAGCCAAGAUGGAGAGCUUGCAGGAUCCGACGAGCACUAACUUGUACAUGGAGGGUCUUCCUCUAAGCAUCGACGAGCCCACUCUUGCCGCAUUGGUAUCCCCCCAUCGGAUUAUCAGCAGUCGUUUCUUCCAGACGAGGUUGAGUAACCCACCAAGGAUUAUCGCGUUCGUUCGGUUGGACACGCGUGCCGGAGCGGAAGAGAUAAUCGAGAAGUUGCACGGUCGGAUGGUUCGUGGAUGGAACGACACGGGGAGCAGGAUCUCAGUCAGAUUCGCGGACACGAGCGAGCAACGCGAGUUGAGGAGAAAUGAACGUUCCGCGCAAGAAGGCGAUGGCUCCCCGGCUCGUUUAACCAUCGCUCAAGCCGCCCUCCUCAAUCUCCGCGGACAAGAUAUCAGACCUAAGGCUAACUCGGUUCUCCACGCUCAUGGAGGUCUCCCUGCCUCAACGACAAGAGGAGGCUUCAGCACGUCGGUCUCUGCUCCAGACUUUUCGUCGAACGCCCACGUAUCCUCCUUACCGCCGGUGAUCGGCAUGACGUCGAACGCACUGGAGGUCGAUUAUUCUCUUGCACCAGGUCGAGCAGUGUCGAGGUCCAGAUCCCCUUACCAUGGCCAUCAGCAGGACUUGGGUCACUAUUCUCAACUCCCUUCGUCCGCGUCGGCCAAUAUGGACCCCGCUAUGGCUGCUCUGCUCGACUCCCUUCGCGCCAAUGGAGUUCCGUACAACGGGUCUGCCACUGGUGGCUACUCUGACCUUCGUGGAGAAGCUGACUACUCCCAGGGCGGUUUUGGAGGACGUCAGCAAGUAGGCCAUGGACAACACUACCACGGACACCAGCAGCUACCGACUAGCCAGAGCUUGGGAGAUCUCCAGCAGUACUCCCGACCAGCGCCGGCCUAUACACGCUCUGGGUACACGGCGACGGAGGAGUACAUCAUGCGCGCUCAUGCGGAGACGGCUGCUUUCGCUCAGGCUCAGGCCCAGCAGCAGCACCAACACCAGCAGAUCAACGCUGCUGCUGCGGCAGAAAGGAGAAGGCCUGCUCCUUUGGACUUGCGAAGGAGGAGGAUUGGUGAAGAAGUUCAGGACGAGUCACUUGCUGCGGCGAACAUCAGUGUUGGUGUUCGUGGUUAUCGCGCACAGGCAUCGAUUGGACGUGUUGGGCAAGGGUUGGUGUCACCACCCAUGUCGUCCUCCUCGAUGGGCUCGAUCGCCUCUAUGGCUUCGUCGCCGAUGAUGGGCAUGGGUACGAUGAGCGCGUCGAUGAGCGAAGACGAUUUCCAUUCCUCUGCCGCUGAUCGCACUGUUGGCAGUGCUGGAGGGAGAAGCAUGUCCGGAAUGCUCAACACGCGCCUCUCUAGGGAGCAACCUGGUUCAGCUCCAGCUUCGACGACCAUGUACCACUCUCAGCAGCUGCCACGUCCGAUGCCGAUCUCUCCCCUCCUUCCGUCGACUUCCAACCAAGAGAUGUCACCUAACCCCAACGACACAAUGGUCGCGUACCAGCAGUCGGCGGCGCAGAUGCACAUGCGAUCGACAACACUCCCUCAGCAACGGACGUCCUCGAUUCGAAACCAGCAGCAGCAGGGAGGCAUGGUGAAGGGCCACUACCAGCAUAACAGCCUUAGCAUGCCCGCUCAGCCGUUAAGGACCCCACAACACGCGAGCGUGGCCAAGAUGGCUGGAAGCGGUGUCGAUGGCGCCACGCAAGGUGUCAUUUACGAGGGCGAAGGUCAAGAAGAGCAGACGCAGCGCGAGGAAGGUGGUACUGGGACGAAUCCCUCCAACGCCAACAUGAACGCCCAACCCUCCCAGGCGAAGACGCACUACUCGUCCGCGAUGUUCAGUGAGGGUGACCGCCACGCCUCCCCUAUCUCUCCUUCGCCUUCACUCAUCUCCCCAACUUUGACGUAUUCGAGCCAAACACCCUCGACUCUGAGCCCUGCUACGCCAUUCUUUGGUUCAUUCUCCAACACUCAGGCAACAGGCGAAGGGUUUGAGGUGAACGCGAAUUCGAAGGGUGAGCAGCAGCCUCAGCAGAGGAAGGCAUCCGUUGGUGUCGCCAGUGGGUUGAGGACAGGAAGUGUGUGA